CAUAGUUGGUGGACAAAAAACGGAGCUAUAUAAGUAGCUUGUGAGCCUGGGUCUAAGUGUGUCUUCUUAGAGGUACUCCCUGAGGCACGUCAAGAUGAAGAUCAUUUUAGCUUUGGUCGUUCUUGCCUUGGCUGAGGCAAGGCCGUCAGUCCGCCAAGCCACUGAAAUCUUCACCAGAGUCAAUCGUUAUGAGAAGAUUGACGCAGCCGGAUGUGGUCAACGCCCUCUGGUUUCCGGAAACGGAGUGUCUGAGCUUUCAUUGGUCAACAAGAUCGUCGGUGGUCAAGAAGCUGUUCCAUACUCCUGGCCAGCUAUCUGCAGUUUGAGAUCCUCCACCUCACCAAACUCCCACAUGUGUGGAGCUAACUUGGUCAAGAACUUGGCCGGUCAAUAUUUCUUGAUCACAGCCGCUCACUGCACCACCAACCGUCAAGCCUCCAGGUACGUUGCCCACUGUGGUAUCUACGACAGAGCUGCCACCACUCAACCACACAGAGUCAUCAUCUACUUCUCUGAACUCAAUGUACACAGCCAAUACAACGACUGGACCUUGGACUACGACAUCUCCAUCUUCCGUGUCUCCACCGCCCUCCCCACCAACUCCUACAUCUCCGCCGUCUGUCUACCCAACGAGGGCUGGAACGAGGGCGAAAAAGCCAUCGUCGCUGGAUGGGGAACUCUUACCGCUGGUGGAACCUCACCCUACAGACUCCACCAAGUCUCCAAGCCAAUCAAAUCCAGACAAACCUGCAUCGACAGGUACGGUGCUGGCUCCAUCACCUUGAGGAUGUUGUGUGCUGGUUUACCUGAGGGAGGUGUCGACUCAUGCCAGGGUGACAGUGGCGGCCCACUCUACACCUACAGAGAGAACAGGUGGACACUCACAGGUAUCGUAAGCUGGGGCUACGGCUGCGCUGAAGCCGGCAGACCAGGUGUCUACACUGACGUCAUUGAGCUCAAGAACUGGCUGGCUCCACUCCUCAACGGUUAAGUCAAAGACUUCCAGGAGAGCGAUACUUCUCAGGAUAGAUUAAGCCCUACUAUCGCAAGCUUAACUAAUACUUAAUUUUCCAUCAGCUUUGCUACGCCGUUUUACUGUAUACGUUAUAUCGAAUAAAAAUCAAAUAUUAAAGCUAAAUAUAA